UAGCUAGGCUUAGAUCUAGUGUUUGGCGUUCGGCGUUCGGUCAUUGGUUUGUUAUGAAAAUUUCCCGCGUCCAUCAUGACCCAUGGUCCAGUCCCUGUGAAUUUUCCUGAUCUCAUCACCUCAGUCUUUUGAGGUUUAAUAACCUCUGCUUCUAGACUUCAGUGGCUUGAGUCCUACAGAAAAUGGGGAUCCAAGGUCUCCUCCCCUUCCUGAAGACCAUUCAUGAAGAAGUGAAUAUUGCCCAGUUCUCUGGCUGUACAGUUGCCAUUGAUGCAUACUGCUGGUUGCACAAAGGAGCUUUUUCAUGUGCAGAAAAACUUGCGCUGGGGGAGAAAACAGAUCAAUAUGUCUAUUAUUGCAUGAAAUAUGUUGACUACAUGCUGAAGCAUAACCUCAAGCCAAUACUUGUCUUUGAUGGAUGUCAUCUCAAGUCCAAAGCUGGUGUUGAAAAAUCCAGAAGAGAACGGAGGGAAAUUAAUCGUAAGAAAGCAGCCCAGUUUCUUCGGGAAGGCCGCCGUGCUGAGGCAAAGGAAUGCCUCCAGCGCUGCGUGGAUAUCAGCCCUCAGAUGGCAUUGGAGCUCAUGAAUGCCUGCCGCCAAAAAGGAGUUGACUGCAUCGUUGCUCCAUAUGAGGCUGAUGCUCAGCUGGGUUACUUGAGUCGUAAAGGCAUCGCUCAGAUCAUUGUGACGGAGGACUCAGACUUGCUGCUUUUUGGCUGUGAAAAAAUUAUAUUCAAAAUGGACUUCAAUGGGAGAGGAGUUCUGAUUCAGCAGAGUCGGCUGAAUGAAGUGAUGGACAUUCAGACUGGAUUCUACACUUUUGAGAAGUUUCGGUACAUGUGCAUCCUGUCAGGCUGUGAUUAUCUCCCCUCCCUUCAUGGAAUCGGGCUGGCGAAAGCUUGCAAAGUCUUCAAAAUGGCACGGCAGGCUGACAUUCGGCAGGUUUUGAAAAAGCUGCCCAUGUAUCUAAAGAUGAACCUGUGUGUGACAAAUGAGUAUGUGGAGGGAUUUGUGCGUGCUGACAACACAUUCCUGUAUCAGCUGGUGUUUGAUCCGAUGACGCGUGAACUUUGCCCUCUGAACCCGUACCCUCCGGAGAUUGACGAAAAUGAGCUGGAUUAUGCUGGGCAAUAUUUCCCCAAAGAGAAAGCCUAUCAGAUGUCACUGGGGAACAUUGAUGUUCACAGCCAUAAGGCCAUCGCCAAUUUUGACCCAGAUACUUUUGUUCCCAAGAACAAACCUCCAGCCCGCUUCAGACAUCUGCUCAGUAUAUGGGACAGGAACUACUGUAUCAAGUCGGAGUCCCCGUGCAAAGAAGUACAACCGUCACAGGCGGAGAGGUUGUCCUUGCGCAAUGAAGAAAGGACAGUGAAGGUUAAGUUGUUCCAGAAAAGUCCUGCCAAGAGACAAAGAGAUCCCUCUAACUCAAGAGACAAGAGUGUUGUGGGAUCUGAUGCGAAAAGAAUGAAGCACCUUGAGGUGGACGAUAUUCUGGGUAUGCUCGAUCAAGACGAGAACGUGGACACUUCUCUGAAUGACGGUCAUGCCAGCCCCCUGGGGGAAAAGAAACUUUUGAGUGAAAGCCUUAGCAAUGCAGACAGUGACCGAGGGUCAUGGGAGAGUGAAGAUGAGAAUGAAGAUAUUUUGUGUCAGAAGAAACAUAAGAAAGGACUGUCUGCCAUGAAGCAAGACUGGGAAUCAAAGGAGGCGCUUGGAUUUAUAAAACAUAAUGUGUUUGCAGUCCCAGCUGAUGCUCCCAAAGCUCCAAGGUUCAACAUAAAUGCCACUGUUGAGCGAGUGGAGGUGAAAAGUCGAUAUUUUGCCUCCAGUCAAGGUGUUUCACCAAGGGCAUCCACCAAACUAGAGAGCAGGAAAGCUCUUAGUUCUCCUCGGAAGAAGCCUUCCUCUGCGUCUAACAAGAAGGAGAAACUUUCUGAGUGUGGACAGCCUAACAUUCGUCUCAUGUUUGCUGAACAAGCAAAGCAUUGUUCCUUGAGAAAAGAGGAUAAAGGGAGUGAUGACAGUCGUGACUUUGGGAAAGAUGUGUCUAAGUGUCAGAAUUCUGAUCUUAGCGGAAUAAAGCAUCAAAGCCACAACAAAAUUGCUGUUGGGGGUGUGUCCAAAAAAGUCUCGUCAUCGAAUAAAGUGCUGUCAAAUAGUUCAAAAAGAUUAGGGGGCUCCUCUGCAUUUGCAUGGGCAAAAUUUAAAUUCACUCCAAGGCAAGACACACCCCAAUCUAAAGCCACAGAAUUUGUUCCAGUAAAUGUGGAUAAUGCUGGUGACAGUUCAAGGCUUGAAAAAGAAGAGGAGGACGUAUGUGUUAUUGAGCAGGAAGAGAAAACGAAAUCUGAAAGAGCUGGGAGUAGAUCAACUUUGACUGAAUCUCCAUCUGUGGCCUCUCUUUCCAGGUACUUCAGUAAAUCUGAUUCUGUUCAAAUUCCAAAAAAUCAAAGGGGAUCAAUUCAUAGUGUGCAAACUAUUCGCUCACCUCAAAACUCCCAGGACAGUUGUACAGACAGUGAGGAUGUGAGGGAGGUUCAGGCAGUGGACUACAAAGACUUCCUCUGUUCUGUGGAGGGCUGUGAGAGAGAAAGCCUUGUUGAGAGUGGAGAUAAAAGGUCAGAGGUCAGCAGCCAGGAUUCGGACUCCACCUUGGAAAUCAGUGUGAAUGAGAGCCAGCGUAGCAGUAUUGGCAGCAUCGACUCUUUCUGCCUUCCAAACACCCAGGACUUCAUUGACUUGACAGAUACUGAGCCGGAUUGUGAAGUCACUAAGAUUACUAAGAAGUCUACCAGCACAGCCUCUGCUCCGUCAGGCAAACAGUCGUGCCGUGUUCCUGGCCUGUCGCGAAGUCGGAGAAAGGCAAAAGUUUCACCAGGAAGAGGUCAACAAAAGCUCCAUAGUUUGUCGCGGUUUGCUUUCACUAGGAAUGCAAGCAAGCCAAGCAUACCCAGUACUGGCACCGGUGAGGACAGUGACAGUGACUCCCAACAAACGCCCAUCACCCAUGCACCUGACUCAAGUGCUUUAGCAAAAGUGCAAAGGAGACUGGAAUUGUAGAAACCUCGAGCGUGUGAAAUGUUUUACCUAAAGUCUUUGUGAAUUUUGAAGUCCAGCAUGAUUUGUUUUUCCCCUUGAUGAAAUUAAUGGUGUGGAUUCUGAACCCUUUACGAAGUACUGUAGAUCUGUUUCGGAGAGAAGCCUCCCUCAGGGCCCUUCUGAAAGUAAAGCAGUUCUUUUCUAUGACAUAUUCACAGCCUCAGUGACAGUCCACAGCUGUUCAGAGGAGUCUUGAGUUUAAAUAGUAUUAUGUAUUAUGUCUUCUUUUAACCCUCGAACUGUCAUAGGUAACGGGCCAGAAUGUCACAGCACUUUUUCGGAGUUUAUACCAUACUUACUCAUGCGCAUUUUGUACUUGUUUAGCAUUUAUCUCCCCCACGUAAGUAUAUAUAUUUGAAACGGUAAAUGAAUAAGGAAAUGUCUUAUGACAUUUUUGUUCAAUUUUGACUGUGACCUUUGGCUCCAGUGACCUUGACCUUGCAAGAUGACUGCUUAGCUCCUAGAGAAUAAAAGCUGAUAAAAAGUUCAGAAUAAAAUUUGUAUUGCCCCAAGUGAAAAAACUGAAAUAGCCAAGUUGUAGUGCAUUCAAUUCUCUUUACAAACAAAUAUAAUUUAUUAUGAAGAGAGUGCAAGAUUUGAAUUUUUUUUUUUAAUUUCUCAAAUCAAUGCGUAAUAGUAAUUCUGAUGGAGACUGCAGUAUACAUACAUGAGACAUGAACCGUUAUGUGCAUUGUUUUCUUGAAAUAAGAGCUAAUACAUACAAACAAGCAGCUGACACGAACUCCAUGCCAAAUUGUAAUAGUAACAUGCAGUAAAUGAUUUUGCAAGGCAUAAGGGGUUCAUUUUGCCUACCUUCAUUGGCAUCUUUUUUUCUGCUUUUGACUCAAUCCAGUUGUAUAAACCAGAUAGCUCUCAUACAUUUUUCGUGGCAACUGACCCCACAAGCUGGGCUUCUUUUCUUGCUUGCAGUGGGUGUUGCUCGACUGCAGACAUAACAUUCUUUCUCCUUCUUUCCCUCCAGCUGAUAUAAUCGGUGUUCAGGGGUUCGAGUGCCUUAGAGUUGCGGGAUGCCAGGGUUUGCUGCUGGUGUUUGUCAUUGUUCAUCUUUCGGAUUCAAACAAAGUUUUUCCAGUACUGAAAUGAGGAAGUCUUUUCUUUUCAUUUUUUGUUCUUGGUCAACUGACAAAUUUUAGAUAAUCCACAAAUUGAAAAUAGACAUAUCCAGCACAUUAUGGGGAAAAAAUUUCUAAUGCCAACGCGUUGAUCUCUCAGCGGCGUAAUGGUAAAUCUUCUUAUCCACGAGGUCUACACCACCCAUGUGAAAAUUGUAGUCCAGCACCAUGGUUGGCUUUGAGAUCUCCUUGCCCCUUACUGCUUUCGUAGCAACAUGGGCUGUGGACAGCAUCAACACUGGCUUACUCUGAUUUUUUAUCCCACAAAAUGCCAUUGCAAAGACCUGAUCCUUCCGUUCAAAUUUCACUUCACUGACCUUCAAUUUGGUUUUUACAAGUGUUUUUGGAAAGUCUUUAAUGUUUUCUCUGACUGUUACCGUUAGUAUUGUUUGUUUGGCUCACAGGUAAUUAGCCAGUGCUGGUUUUGUAUAAAAAUUGUUAGUAAACAAAUGAUAACCUUUGCCAAACAAAUUGCUCUGUUCCAUGAGACUUUUGACAAUUCCAACCGCAAGUCCAACAUCUCUUUCAACAUCCAAGUCUUUCCCUGCAUACAACUCAGUGUGCACAACAAAACUAUUGCAAUCACACAACUGGAAUUUUUAAAUUCCAAAUCUCGAGUGACGUUUAUUCGGCAUGUACUGAAUAAAGACACUCCUGUUCUUCAUGCCGAUGAGGCUCUCAUCUAUUGAAAUAUUCAUGGACCGAGUGUAAUCCUGUUUAGCACUAGCAUUGAACUUCUUCAGUAGGAAAGAAACUUUUGCCCAAGGGUCAUAUCCUUCUUGCCCUUUUGGAACUUCAUCUUCUCUCCUGUUUUGAUGUAUCAUUCGACUAAUCAGAUUGAACAACCAGAACGGCCUCACUUCCUGACGGCCCUGGCCAGGGGCUUGCCAUUUCUCAAGAAUUUGCAACACAAAUGCUCAGCUUUCAACUGUCGCCAAAACAUUUUUCCUCGUGACAGAACAGAAAGUAGACCAUGAAUGGUUGAUUCAACUAUCCAACUCUCGGCCCAGAAGAGUUCCACUGGAGUUCCGGUUCAUUAUUUAAUUCUAUCGCACUUUAGCUAAGAGCCGAUAUUGAGAUCAAAGAACAGUUCGUGGGUUAAGGAGUCCUGUUUCAAGUUUUUCAGAGACUUAUGCCCCUUUGUAGAUUAUUAUGUUCUUUUAUUAUAAUUUUCCUGUUAAGUUUUUCAGGUUUUAUCUCUAGGAGUCAGUUUUCUUACCACUGACCUACCUAUACAUAGACAGUUGAACCUGUCCAUAACAAGACCACAGAGGAGAGUCAUUAUUAGACAAUUGGCCGCUAUGGACAUGGGUCUGAGUUAUGGUCACUUACUACCGCAUGAAAUAUUGAAAAUGAAUUCUCAUCGGUAGCCUACCUGUAAACCAGACCAUUUUUUGUCCCCCAAUAAUUCCAACACUUAGCAUGAAUGAAAUGGAAAAUACACUUUUUAAUUUACGUGUACUAUAUACAUUUAUUUGCCCCUCUCAUUUUGUAGUGCAGUCGCAAUCUACUGGGGUUUUGAAAACUCCAAUUUUCUUCCCAGUAUCCUUCCUUUAGGAGUUAAGGGAAACUCCUAUUUUUGAGGAUGGAGUGGUUGGCAGGUCUGUGUAAACUACCAACAGCCGCACAGAAGCUAAAACAAAACAUUCCCUUCUGGGAUCCUAAGAUUGCCCUUUUUUUGUUCACACGUUAAUUUAAUUGCUGGUAAUCGUAUGUGUAUA